AUGAUUGUAAAAGUACACGAAGGUCACCUAGGCAUAGAGAGGUGUAAGAGGCGCGCGCGUGAUGUAAUGUUCUGGCCAGGGCUGUCAGCGGACGUGGAGCGCGCCGUGCGCCGCUGCGAGUCGUGUGCUCUGCAUGCACGGGCUCCCGCGCGGGAACCACUACUUCAACAUAUCGUACCCAAUGCACCUUGGCAAAAACUUGCCUCAGAUAUUUUUGAGUAUAAAAAGAAAUACUAUGUCAUAUUAGUAGACUAUUUUUCUAAUUAUGUUGAAGUUCAAGAAGUAAAUAGUAUAAACAGUAGAACAAUUAUUCACUUUAUGAAGGAACAAUUUUCGAGGCAUGGCAUCCCUAGCGAGCUUGUUACUGAUAAUGGGCCGGCGUAUAGUUCACAAGAAUUUAAAAAAUUUCUUAGGUUAUGGGAGGUUAAGCAUAUGACUUCAUCACCUCAUUACCCCCAGUCAAAUGGGAAAAGUGAGCGCACAGUGCAAACUAUAAAAAAUCUACUCAAAAAAUGCAUCGAUUCUGGGGAUGAUUUCUUUAUAAGUUUAUUGAACUAUAGGAGUACGCCUAGGUAUGGAAUGGAUUCUCCGGCACAAAUUCUGAUGGGAAGACGUUUGUGUACGAAGCUACCGAUUAGUGAUUUUCUAUUAAAGGAAACGAUUGAUAGAAAUAGAAAUUAUAAUAUGUUAAUGCAACAAAGAAAAUAUAAUAAAUUACAGUAUGAUAAGUCGGCCAAGCCGUUGCGGACUUUAUUACCAGGAAAUAAAGCAAUUUUAGUUGAUAACGGAAAUAGGAAACCCGUUUCUAUUAUUAGACCGUCGCAGGAACCACGUUCGUUCAUAGUACAGGAUUCGCGCGGACGCCGAUUGAGGCGCAAUCGCCGUCACUUGAUAGUACGAUAUGCAGACAGCGAUGAAACGCGUCCCGCCGCCUGCGCUCCGAGUGCAAGUAACGCUAAGUCAGCUGAGUUAACGGCCAAGGCUGUAGCUUCAAACCCAGAACAGUUUGACCCUUUGUAUUCGACAGAUAGUAAAACGGAUACGGAAGGUCAUAGCCCAUGCAUUAAUCCUCCAAUAACUAGGUCAAAAACACGACUUAUGGCUAAGAUGAAAUAUGCGAUGAAAGAAAAAAUAUAA